AUGAAGCUUUCUCAGAAACUAGAGGAUACAGUGCUGCAUCCCAGAGCAAGCAGAGAUGACAAAGCAUUGACUGUGCGAGGUGAAGGAGAGAGAGCUGCACCCACAACUGUCCCAGCCAGGAUCCGGCAGAUCAUCACACAGAGUUUGUCUGAAACAUCGUCAUCCCAAGUUUUGUCAGAAACAGCCUCUCCAGCAAAUAUGCAAGAAGAAAACCACUUGCUGCAGAAGGAGCUCUCACGCCUUGAGGACCUGUUGGCACACACUCGUGCAGAGAAGGAUGAGCUGGCUAGCAAAUACCAUGCCAUUAGUGAGAGGCUGGAGCAAGCACUCCGAGGAGAGGAGGAAGGAAGCACAAUGUUCCUGCAGAUGAGACAACAGUUCAAAGAGGACGAGAAGGCAUACAAGCACAAGCUGCAAGCCUACCAGGAUGGGCAGCAGCGCCAGGCUCAGCUAGUGCAGAAGAUGCAGAACAAGAUGCUGCAGUACAAGAAACGAUGCGGAGAGCUGGAGCAGCAACUGCUAGAGAAAACCUCUGAGUGUGAGCAUCAGAAACAGAUGCUGAAGACAAGGUUAGACUCAACAGAGUCGCGUUUACGCCGCUUUGAGCAUGACCAUAGUACAGAGUUGGAGAGCACCCUCAUCCACCUGGAAGAGGAGCAACAGAGGAGCACCAAUCUUUCCCAGAUGAAUACUCUACUUCGGGAACAGCUGGACCAGAUGAAAUCUUCAAAACAAAGACUAGCAGGGGAGCUAGAGAGGGCAACUACUGAUGUGCACAGGCUGAGGAAUGAACUGGAACAGAAGGAGUCCCAGUGGCACAAGGGCAGAGAGAGCUACGGUUCUUAUUUAAACAAUGAGCAUAGUGGGAUCCUCCUUCUAUGGCGUCAAGCUGCCACACUCCGUGGCAACUUUGCAGAGCUCCGCACAACAACAGAAAGAGGUCUUGCUGAGGCAGGGACUGACAUGGCAAGAGCUGCCCGCCGCCUCCAGACCGCUUGCCUCAACUUGGAUUCCAACCUGCGCCUCUCUGAAAGCAGCUCUGCCUGUUUGCUAGAGAAGCAGCUUCGGGAGAAAGUCCGGGAGAUGAUCCAGCUGCAGAGCCGUUGGGAUGGAGAAAAAGCUGAAUUAAACUCCAGGAUUACAGAGCUGACCACGUUAGGAGAUAAACUUAAAGAACAGAAUGCAAAGAAAGAGAAGACCAUCUCUGCCCUAAAAAUGGACAUUCAGAAAUUGGAGGCCAGUAAGACUGGAGAUCUAGAAGAGGUGAAGGACCUGAAAGAGGAAAUUGAAUCUUUGCAACAUAGCUUGAACAGCAUCACAAAGUUGGCUUUGUCUGAAUCCAAGAGCACAGGACUUGGUUCUUUGGAAAGCACCAAAGCUGUAUCAGAGGAAGACACCAUAUGGCUGACCUCCCCUCUGCUGUCCAGCUCUCCCCACCACCAGCGGAUAUCACCAUCCCGGCUGCACUCGCCAUCAUUUCAGAAUGCGGCAUUGCAAGCAGUGAAGACUGCUGUCCAGAAAUCACAGCAGCGCGAGCAGGAGUUGCAUCAGCAGCUGGAGUCUUGCCGGGAUGCCCUGGGAACUGUCAGAAAGCAGCUCUCUGACUGCCAGCAGGAAACGCAGGCAGCAAAACAGCAGCUGCAGGAACAGAGGCAGGAAUGUGGAGAGCUAACCAGGACACUGGAGGAUUGCAAGCGGGAACUGCAACGCUGGAAAACCUCAGUGGAGGUUCUAGGAAGAGAGAAAGAAGCCUUGGAGAUUGCAGUGGAAAGCCUGAAUCAGCAGCUUGAUUCCUCCCAUCUGGAGGUGGAGCGGCUAAAGACUGUGAAUGGAGAGCUGCAGAGACAGCGAAAACUCCUGGAGGAGCAGAAGGAGAAUGUGAUUAAGGAAAGCGAGAGAACAAGAAAGGAGCUCGAGUGGGGGCAAAGAUCUGUGGAGCAACUUGAGGAGAGGAUGUCGGCCCUGAAGAAAGAGUUGGUGACUGUCAAGGAGUCCUUGAACCAGGCCAUGCUGGAGAAGGAUGUGCUUGAGAGUGCCAAGGAAGGCUUGAGCGGAGCACUUUCCAAAGUUGAAGCUACCAAUGCUGAGUUUGAGCUCUCCAUACACAAGAUGAAAUCGGAAGAUGCUGAACUGAGAGACUCAUUAGCCAAGAUGGGCGCUCUGAAUGAAGGGCUGGCUCAUGACAAAGUGAGCCUCAACCGUAUAAUUCUACAGCUUGAAGAGGAGAAGAGCAGGCUUCUAAGUAGGAAAAGGGAGCUGGAACAAGAGCAAGCUGGUUGGCGAGAGCAGCUAGCACAUGUGGAGCAGGAACUGAGGUGCAUGAGGGCAGAGAAGCAAGGGCUGGAGCAGAGCUGCAAGGCCUUGGAAGAAAAGCAAGAGAGACUGGAAGGGGAAAUGGCCUUGCUGCGCAGGGAGAGAAUCCAGUUUCAGGACCAAAUAAUGCAGAUGAAUAGCCAGAAGCAAACUCUAAAUGAGCAGCUGGCCCAGAGCCACCGAGAGAUGGAGAUGCAAGCAGACUCCUUGCUCCGCAUUCUACAGGAAAAGGAAGAGAUGACUAAGGAAAAGGGACAGCUAGCUGUGGAACUCACUGCACUGGAGAGGCAUAGGAAGUUGUUGACAGAGGAGGCAGACACUCUCAGAAUAGAGAAGGAAUCCCUGGAAACCAGCCUUUUUGAGGCACAAGAACUGGCAGCACAGCUGGAAGCCCACAAGGAACAACUGGAAGGAGAGAAUCAAGGCAUCAACCUUGCCAGAAAGACUCUCCAUGUGGAAUUGGAAAAAGCUCAGCAUGAACUUGAGCUUCAGGAAACCACAUUGAGACGAGAGAUAGAGAUGUUGAAGCUCCAGUUAACUGAGGAGGAGCAAGAGUUCCAGCAGGUCAUCAAGAACCAAAAGCUAGGUUUUGAAGAAGACCUUGGGCGCCUCAGAAAGGAGAAGGAGACCCUGCGUCUGGCACUGAUCGAGGAGAAAGAUGAGGCUAUGCAUCAUCUUCAGCAAGAGAGAGAAGAACUGGUAUCCAAGUAUGAAUCUGAGAAAAGGGAGCUCGUGGAGGAAAUCCUCAUUUUGCAACAGAACCGGGAUGAAAGCCUUCUUCUGUUAGAGAAUGAAAAACAGAAGGCAUUGUCCCAGAAGGAAGCAGAGAAGAGUCUCCUUUUAGAAAAGCUCAGCGAGUCGCAACGGGAACUCACAGUUGCCAGGUCAGAGACUGACCGGGUGAAGCUGGAAGCUCUGAACCGCCAGGAGCAGGAUAAGAACACAAUUGCCAGCAUCACCAAUGAACUAAGGACCUUCCAGGCACAGUUUGAGGAUGCAAUGGCUGCUCACCAGAAAGAGGCCAAGCGCUUGAAUGAACACAUAAAGGAACUGGCAAGAGAGAAGGAGCUUGUUGGAAGGGAGGCAGAACAGCUAAAAGUGCAAUGUUGGAUGGCAGAGGAUACCCAUGCUGAAAUUCGCAAGGAACUGGUUGAGCUUCACCACAGGCUGCAAGAGACCAAAGAAGCUCGUGAUUACCAACAAAAAGAGCUCCUGGAAAUUCAUCGGACGGUAGCAGAUGAGAGCAGAGAAAAGGAAGCACUGCAGAAGUCCAAUCACGACCUCAGAGCUGCUAUCAAGAAAGCAGAGAAUGAGAGGCUCAGCUUGCAGAGAUCCAAAGAGGAGAAGGACCAGAAGAUUGCUAUCCUGGAGGAAGCAAAAGCAGCAGUUGAGGGAGAGGUGGGACAGCUCCGAGCAAAUCUAAGGGAAGUGGAGAAGUCUCGCAUGGAAGCUAGAAGGGAGCUCCAGGAGCUGCGCAGGCAAGUGAAGGCCCUAGAGAGUGAGAACAGCAAGAAGGCCCAAGAAAUCAGUCAACUGCAGCAUCGCUUGUUGCAGAAAGAGCAGCAGGAACAGCAGAACAGCAAAGAGGCCCUGGAACUGAAGCAGAAGAUAACUGAGUUGGAGAUUUGCCGUGAAUCUGCUCACAAGGAGGUGCUGAGCUUGCAGAAGAAGCUGUCUGCCAUGGAGGCAGAGGCUCGGCUUCAAGAGCAGGAUCUUGCACAGAACCUUGCUGAGACCCGUAGCAAGGAGAAGAGGAUGAAGGAUAAUCUCCUUAGCCUGGAGAUAAAACUGCAGGAAGCCACCAGGACAAACGAGAGCCUCCAGAUGCGCCUCAGUACCUGUGAGGGGCGCUCCCACGGAUUAGAAACAGAACUAGCCAAAGCUGAGGCAGCUAAGAGGGAGGUUGAGCUGAAGCUGGUGGCGCUGCAUUCAGCUUUGCGCCGCACACUGGGGCUUGGCAGCCGGAGUCCAUCUCCACAAAGAUCCUGCUCUCCAGUCAAAGGAAGCAGUGGCCGGCAAACUCCUGCCUCCCGUACUGGGUCUCCUGAGAGGAGCCGCUCACGUUCCCCAUUUCAGCAACCUUCUCCUCUCAGAGGUGAGCAAGCCACAAGUGAAAUUGACCCGGAGGUAGUUCGAGAUGCAUUGAGGGACUUUCUUCAGGAGUUGCGAGAUACUCAGAGAGAGAGGGAUGACCUGAGGAUUCAGGUGAUGAAUAUGAGCCGUCAACUGAAUGAAAUGGAAUCUGAUCGUGACCGGACAAAGAGUCGCAUCUUGCAGCUCCAGAAGUUCCUAGCAGACUGUGAAGAAGGCAAACGGGGAGUGGACGGGCGCCUGAGCAGUGCACAGGCAACACUGAUGCUGCAAGAGGAGACCACUCGGAAAGCAGAGAGGGAGCGGCAGGCAUUUGCAGAACAGGUGGCCACCCUGGAGUGCAACUUGCACAUUUCUCAGGAAAAGAACAGAGAGCUACAGGAGAAAGUCCGUAAGUUGAAAGCCAAGGAGACCAGGCUAGAGACAGAGAAGGGGAAGCUAAAGGAAGUCCUGGAGGCGGCAGAGAACAGGGCCACCAAACUGGAGCUGAGCCGCAGGGCUGUGGAAGGAGAACUGCAGCGGGCCCAGCUCAGCCUGACGGAAAGGGAUUCAGAGAUCCAGUCCCUGCAGGAGCGGAUCCAGGUGCUUCACUGCCAGUUGGGAGACAGGGAGAGCAAAACUGCCCAGCUGCAGGAGGAGCUAGACCACCUGACCCAUUCGCUGGCCAGGACAGAGGACACUGAGGGCCACCUAAAGGACCGGGUACAAAGCUUGUCUCAAGCUCUGUCUGAUGCUACCGCUGGCUCCUCCUCACUCCAGGACAACAUCUCCCAACUGCAGAGGGCCCUGACUGCUGCAGAGCAAGACCGUCGGCUACUCCAGGAUCGCUUGGACUCCAUGCGGCACGCGUUGUCAGACAGCAAGAGACAGAACCAUAACUUGACUGACACAGUACGUCUGCUGCAAGAUCAACUGGGUGAGAUGGAGCUGCGAUGCAGAAACCUGGAGGGACAGUUGGAACAUCUCCAAGAAGCGGAGCAUGCAAAGCUCAGGAAGGAAGAUGACACUUUUCAGUUGAGUCAGAUGAGGGGACAACUGGACCGGUCUCUGAGCAGCCUGCAGCAAGAAAUGGAGGAUAUUGUGAGGCAAAACGAACACCUGCAGGCCCAGAUUUCAGAUAUGGAACAAACACAUGCCAAACGAGUGAUGGAGCUAACAUCCCGGCAUCAGUUAGACAUGGAGCUGGAGACAGAGAGGCUGCACAGUGCACAGCUCCAAGCCGAACGCAAGCUGGAGUCAAGAGAGAGGACUCACCGGCAGAAAGUGAAGAGCCUGGAGGAGCAGGUGAAUGCUCUGAAAGAGCAGCUGGAUCAAGAAGUAAGGAGAAGACAAGCCUACAUAAGCCAGAAGCUUCACACCGUAAAAUGAUUCAAAAAUGGACAAUAUGCUCUGAUCUGGGAUGACCAAACACAGAACCAGCCCGCAGCAGAAUCCUUGCAGCUCAGGCAUUGGAUUUAUCAAUCUCCUGCAUUAGGGUAUUCAACUGAUUCAUGAUCACAGAAACCAGAGCUCCAAGACUAACAGUGCUAGCAAGUAAUGUUCCCCCACCCCACCCGAGUAGUACAUACCCUGAAGACUUGGAAGGCGUAGUCAAGAUAGCAAAUGACUAGGCAGUAUGCAGCCAAGAGGAAACCCUGCUGUGGGGGCAGCUGUUCUUUCUAAGAUGCUUGAAACCCAGGGCACUGAUGCUUAACUAAUUAAUUUAGGACAUUUGACAAGGAGGGAAUUCUCUGUUGUUUGGGGAUUCUAGGUGGUGUAUCCCUGCAUGAUCUCUGAAAGGUUUUGUAUGCAGGCUGUACAAACUGUAAACUUCCACAGGCCAGACAGGAGCACCUAUUAUUUAAAUACCUCUGCAUUUCCAUCACUCAUUGAGUUAUUUUAGUCUCUCUCAGGGUUUGAAAAGCUGCUGACAGGUGCAUCCUGGUGCCUCAUGCAAUAUCGUAGCCUUACCUGCAUAGCCAGUGAUGCACAUAGCGGUGGUUGUCUCCCAGUGCUGUCACAGAUCCAUACAUCACAUGCCCUUCUGCAAACAAAGAGACAUGUAUUUUUGCUAGCAUCCAAAUCAAACUGUGCUGUGAAGAGAAGUUUUGAAGCAAAGUGUGAACCACACCCAGGGAUUGAUCAAAUCCUUUGCUGUGUCUAUGAACAUCAAGCCAUUUUCAUGGUGGCAGGUGGCUGAGAUUAGCUCAAAACCAAAUCAUCUUAUGACUUGCUGGCCCCAAGACAUGUCAGAGUGUUAACAUUCAACAUUCCACCCACUCUGCCGGCUGACAGGCUCCAAGGAAAUCCCUUUAGGAAUCAAACUUUUGUUUCCUUGGUGAUGACAGGGAACCAUCUUGGAGUUGCUGUGAAUGUCACCUGUUAGCAUUGUUCCACAUUUUUUCCUCGUGAAUAUUUGUUUUUCCAAAUGCGUACUGCGAAAUA